GAAGAAACACAUUCCUAUCAUAUACAUAAUCGUAAUAUUCUUGGGAUACAUUGUUUCCAGAAUUAGAGGUUCCAAAUGACCCCUAUAUAUUGACGAACAAGGGCUUGGUCUAGUGUUAAUACCACUAGCUUUGAACUAGGAGGUCCCAGGUUCGAAUCGCUUAAGUAGUACCUAACAACAAAAACUCAAUCUAUACCACCCUUAUAAAAAAACCCUAUAUCUUGACUUUUUUGGUUCGUGAUGUUAAAUAUAGCAUAAGUAGAGGGUGGAGUAAUAACUUGGCCCUAAACUAGUUAAAGAAGAAGAUACGAUGUAGUAUUGAUAAAUGAUUGCGUGGAGUGGUGUGUUGAGAGAAGGAAUGGUGAACGCAAGCAGUAUCCGAUUUAGUUGCAUGGAAGAUAAUAUAGUUGGGUUUUUUUUACGAGAAUGAUAAAAUAGUUUGAUUGCAGUAGCACUGAUUGAUCUUCUGGUUGGUUGUUCUUUCCAUUGGUGAAGGUUGUUUAAUUAUCCUCUUUUUUUGGUUGAUGAAUGAACGAAUUAAUGUAUAAAUCUGGGCAAAAAGUAAACUGCAUAUACGCACAUGCAUGAAGUGAGAUAGAGGAGGCAUAUGAUCAUAUCAAAGAUCUAUGGGGAAGAAGAAGAAAAAGGACAUAAUACGUUUAGAGAGGGAAUCUGUGAUUCCCAUUGUGAAGCGCAAGAUCAUUAGCGCCUUGACCAACCGUAUUGAAGGGAGGAAUGAGAAGGAUGAGUUUGUUAAGUUGUGCCAGAGAGCAGAGUACACGAUCAGGGCGUGGUACCUCCUCCACUUUGAGGAGAUGAUGCAGCUUUAUGCCCUCUUUGAGCCCAUCCACGGUGACCGUAAGAUAGAGCAGCACAACCUAACCCCCGAGGACGUCGACAUUUGCGAGCGCCAUUUCCUCAACUGCCUCUUUCAAGUCAUGGAACGCAGUAACUUCAAGAUCACCACUGACGAUGAGAUUGACGUAGCUCUUGCUGCCCAAUACCGCCUCAAUCUCCCCAUUGUUGUUGAUGAAUCCAAGUUGGAUAAGAAACUAUUCACCAAGUACUUUUCCAAGCAUCCCAAGGACAACCUGCCUCACUUUGCCGACAAGUACAUCAUAUUCAGGAGAGGGUUUGGCAUUGAUCAAAUGACUGCUUACUUCAUCAAACACAAGAUCAACACCAUCAUCAUGCGGUUGUGGAUGCUCAUCCUCACCAUUACAGGGUUGAAAUGGUUGUUGUUUGGGAAGAAGAAAAAGAGACGGAGACCAGAACAACAUCUAGAUGGUGAUGGAUUGUCGCGGCAGGAGGAUCCAACAACCAUUGGAGUUAGCAUAGAUGACAUAGUGGAUGAUGAUGAUGAUGAAGACGAUCUUUUUGUUGAAAGAAUACGCAUUGAGAAAAUGCCACUCAGCUUCUCUAACCUUUUUGGGAAAGUAACCAUUCAAGAGCCCACAUUUGAUAGGAUAAUCGUCGUUUAUAGGAGAGAAAGCAGCAUCGACAAGAAGGAAACAGAGAGGAAUAUGUACGUGAAGCAUUUUAAGGGUAUUCCCAUGGCUGAUAUGGAGAUUGUCCUGCCAGAGAAGAAAAAUCCUGGGCUUACCCCAAUGGAUUGGGUGAAGUUCCUUGUAUCUGCUCUCAUUGGUCUGGCGACAGUGGUUGGUUCUUUGAGCGUGAAGAAAGUAGACAUUAGAGUGAUCUUCGCCAUCCUCACAUCAGUGGGUGGCUAUUGCGUCAAAACAUAUUUCACGUUCCAGAGCAACUUGGUGUCUUAUCAAAGUCUGAUUACUCAGUCGGUCUACGACAAACAACUAGAUAGUGGGAGGGGCACUCUGCUUCACUUGUGCGACGAGGUCAUCCAACAAGAAGUGAAAGAGGUGAUCAUUUCCUUCUUCAUACUGAUAGAACAGGGUGAAGCCACCCGACAGGAACUGGAUGGAAGGUGUGAGGAUCUACUCAAGGCAGAAUUUGGUGAGAACUGUAAUUUUGAUGUUGACGAUGCUCUCCAAAAGCUGGAGAAACUCAAAAUCAUCUCCAAGGACGACAAUGGAAAGUAUAGGUGCGUGGGAUUGAGGGAAGCUAAUGAUAUCAUAGGCACAACCACCGAGGAGGUGGUUCUCAAGGCUACAGGCGGUGUUGCUGCUUCUACUACUGAUGCCACCACCACCACCAAUCUUCUCGACUAUUAACCCCGCUCUUCCCCUGAUGGAUGCCUGUUGAAAGCAAAUUAAUUACAUCAUGAUGUCAGGAAAUGAUUUGAAGUCAUACCAUCCCUCUAGACAAACCAAAAUAGCUACACUAAAUUUUUUAAAAAGUUAUGGAGAAGCAUGAAGCAAAAUCUUCAAUCCAUCAUGAGAACCUGGAUACAGUAAUUCUAUCACCUUAGAUUUUUUUGUCCUAGCAAAAAUGCAAAAUAGAAUGUCAAAAUAACUUGGGUUUAAAAUGAUUAUCUUACCUCAAGACAUGGAAUACUCAAAUGGAAAGUUACACAAAAAGACCCAGUCACUUCCCACUACCACAUUGACCCUUGUGGUGCUUUUUUAGUAUUUCCAACUGCUUCAGCUUCUCAAGAACAUGCUUCAUAGAUGGACGCACAGAAAGCCACUCUACAUUGCUUGCUGAAGCUUCCCCCUGUAAGUCUCCUUAGGUCCAGUUUCCAAGUGCUCGGCAGAGAAGAGUUCAGAAGAUCAUCCCUCAUUUAUCAACAUCUUGGCCCACACCAAAAUGUUGAAGCCAUUUUGAUACUCAAAGAGUGAUGGAUCAAGUGAUUUCUUCCAUGACAUCAAUUCCAACAAAGAACCAUACCAAAGUUGUAAAUCCUGCAUGUGGUUUCCUAUUAUGUUCUCUCUAUAUCUGUGUGUGCCGGUUGGAAGAAAUGAUGCCUAUGAAGUUCAUUUAUCCCACCAACUUGCUACUGCUGUCUCUCUUAAUGCAGGCAAAAUAGUCGCCCAUUGUACUUAAAAGUUAUCAUCACCACAGUGAGACUCUACUGUGAUAACCUCUUUCUCCAACCAUCAACCAAUAUUCUACACUUUACAAUGAAACCACGAAAAAUCCUUAAAGGCCUUAAGAUACAGAGAAACAAAACAAUUGUUCAACUAGAAUACAUGAGAAGAGGAUAAGAAUAACUUACAUUAAUCAAUUGAGUUACUAUGGGAUAAUUAGGAGGAUGGGGUUAGCAUGGUAGAGAGCCUCAAAAAUGUCGUUAGGGUGAGUACUUGAGUCAAGAGGAGAUGGUGUGCGUGGUCAUGCUCCACUUCAAGUUAAAUAUGUUAAGUGUGUGGUGAUUGGGGAUGUGGAUUCUGGACCAUAACGCUUUGUAAGAAUCAGUCUGGACAGUGAAAAAGUAUACUCGGGAGUGGACUUGUCAGACAAACAACACCAUUUCGAUGAAGGUUCCUACGAAAGGAGAUGGUUAAUAAGUAUGCUUAGCUUUUUGGUUCACGCAUUGUGCCAAUCAGUUAGUGGGUGAAGUUAGAAGGAUAAUAAGGUGGCAACAACCCAAAAAGAUGCAUACCUAGGGGGAAAGUAGGGGCGGAGGGGGAUCAUAGAGAUUUAUGGUUAGAGGACGAAGAAAGGAGGUGGCUACCAUGGAGUGUACGUUUCAAAGGGAAUCAUGGUCAUAACAAACACAACACAAAGUUGAUGGUAGUAACACCUUAGGCGAAUCCCACAUCGACAAAGCACGAGAGAUAUCCAUGGUUCAUAAGUAAGAAAUCGACCUUAACUGACAAGACGCGUUUUGGGGUGAAAUGGAGGAGUUCUUAUGAGAACUCUGAAGUUAAACGUGCUCAGUGUGGAGUACAACAAGGAUGGUGGACCUUAUGGAAAAUCACCUUGAAUUGCACCCCAAGGCAAAUCCGUGUGGGUGUAGAGGCCCAAAGCGAACAAUAUCUUGUCGGGAAAAGGUUCAGGAUGUUACAAUGGUGACGACAAGAAUAUAUGGUUCAGUUGUUGCAGACACGAGAGCACAUCAGUUUCUUUCCCCCCAUUAUUCAAGCCUAUGAUAUGUAUGUUGAUCUAUAGCCAAUGGGCUUUUGUUCCCGUCCAAGCCUAAACUUUUAGCUUAUAUUGUAGCUUUCAACUUCAAAGCCUUGAUAUGUAAUGUAACAGACUAAAUGACAGUGUGUAAC